AUGGCCAAGACCAAGUCCUCCGACAACAUCUCUUCCCGCCUUGCCCUCGUCAUGAAGUCCGGCAAGGUCACCAUGGGUAACAAGUCCACCAUGAAGACCCUCCGCUCCGGCAAGGCCAAACUCGUCCUCAUCUCCGCCAACUGCCCUCCUCUGCGCAAGUCCGAGCUUGAGUAUUACGCCAUGCUUGCCAAGACCCCCGUUCACCACUUCAACGGCAACAACAUUGAACUUGGUACCGCCUGCGGUAAGCUCUUCCGCUGCUCUGUCAUGGCCGUCCUGGAUUCUGGUGACUCCGACAUCCUGAGCCAGGAGUAA